CCGUUGGAUCAACCCAUCUUCCUUCGCUCAGGUGUCCAUUCUUUUACCCUCGCUAUUCAUUGCCACUUGUGGUAUUCGUCGAUCGUUCAGCACUGCAUUGUGCAAUACCCAUAAUCAGUCGUAAUCCACCACUACCACGUCGACAUGACCCUGAAAUACCUGUCGCUCGCUCUUGCCGCCGUGGCUGUCGCCUCGCCUUUUGAAGGAUUCAAAAAAGACGAUGAAGCUUCCUACAAGGCCUGCAAACCCAAUGGCGCAACCACCGAGACACCUCCUUCGGUCGGACCAGGCCUCAGCUCGCUCUACACCAAUGUCGUAGCUUCAGUUCAAGGCAUCUCGUUUGAGCGGCGCUCUAUAAAUGAGCGCGCAGAGGGCUUCGCAUGCCAUCCUAGUCUCAACUGCGUGAACCUCCAGAACCUCAACAUCCCAAUGUGCUACGACAAAUUCACGACAAACUUCCAAUUCCCAGAUGGCUCUUACGGCACCAUCGCAACAGGAGAUUACCAUUCUGGCGGCAUAGAUGUAAACCUGAUUAGUGGAAACUACACCAAAGACGGACAGAGCGCGAAUAUCUACUCUGGCAACGAGGCAGAGAGGCCAAAUACAUCGACCAUGUCGAUUCCACCGCAGUUCACCGGCACAGGUGUUGGUGGUGCUAUUCCUGUGUCAGAACUGGGCUCGAUUGUUGUGUUCACUACUACACUCCCUCCAGUUACCUAUACAGCACCCACAACGGUCGCUGAAUCUGUUGCUACGGCAACUGUGGGAGGACAGCAGAUUGAGACUACGAUCCCUGCUACAACCAUCACACAAGCUACGACCAUUGCCGGCAGAACGGCUGUUGUGACGGAGACGAGGAAAGAUGCUCAACCCACCACAACGGGAGGUGCAGGACAUGUCGGUGUUGAUGCCAACGCCUCAUUUGGAAUGUCUCUUCUCGGUGCUCUCAUGUACGCUUUGAUCUAGCCUGAUUAAUCUCCAGACCAGACAUUUGCAACACCCACACCAUAUGUACUUGUAUAUAGCAACGCUUCUAACGUAUAUACACACCCUUACAUCCCCUCCAG